CAGAAUACGCAAUUUUGUGGUCAACACCCAUAUGCAAUAGUUGUUGAACGAAUUUUUCAAAAAAAAACUUGGAAUUAUUUUGACGUCAUCGUCUUCAAUAAAUAAUCUGUUUCUUUGUAAUCGUUUUAAUUGUUUGUUUAAGCGAAAAUGUGUCGAAAUGACAAACUUUUUUUUGUCUUUAUUUUAUAAAAUUUUAAACAAAAUAUUAAUAAUUGGUCGACGGAAUUCAGGUUUCUUUUGUCGCUGAUAAAAUCAUCACCAUACGAAUGGCAUCCCGUAAAACAGCCGGCCGUCGUGCAACCACCAAAAAGCGUGCCCAACGCGCCACAUCCAAUGUAUUCGCUAUGUUCGAUCAGGCGCAAAUUGCCGAAUUCAAAGAAGCAUUCAACAUGAUCGAUCAAAAUCGUGAUGGAUUCAUUGAGAAAGAAGAUCUUCAUGAUAUGUUAGCGUCGCUGGGUAAGAAUCCGACCGACGAAUAUUUGGAACAGAUGAUGAACGAAGCGCCGGGUCCCAUAAAUUUCACCAUGUUUCUGACGUUGUUCGGUGAACGGUUGCAGGGUACGGAUCCGGAGGAUGUGAUAAAGAAUGCAUUCGGUUGUUUUGAUGAAGAGAAUAUGGGCUUGAUACCGGAGGAUCGACUGAGAGAACUGCUGACCACUAUGGGCGAUCGGUUUUUGGAUGAGGAUGUGGAUGAAAUGUAUCGUGAAGCACCGAUCAAAGGGGGCCUUUUCGAUUACUUGGAAUUCACUCGAAUCUUGAAGCACGGCGCUAAGGAGAAGGAUGAACAAUAGAAGCUUAACAACGAAAAAGUAAUUCCCAUUGCAUUCACACAGUAUUUACCGUAAGCGAAAACAAUAAAAGAUUCGUUCGAUAUUUCUAAGAUAACAUUGGUCCAGAGAGGUUAUAAGAAUGCAAGUUUGAUAAAAGACGUCUGUUCCGUUUGUUUUGAUAUGAGAAUAAAAUUUUGUUU